GCGAGAUUAGCGGUAAAGAGCUCUAGAUCAUAAUAUAUGUACUGCGCCUUGUGAAGAGAGUAAGUGAGCAUGAAUAUAUGCCAGUAUGCUUUGUCAUACAUUAAUAAGGAUACAUCGAAUUUAGUUUCAAGUUUUACAUGAUACAGGUUACUUUUUGUAAUGAUGAUUAAUCAUCAAACGUAUAGAUAAAACUAAAUAACAAUAAUAAUCAAAAUAUAGUCACUAUAUGCAUGACGAAAUUGGGGAAUAACCAGACAAUCAUAAUUUCUAGAAGUUUUUUCCUUCCAAUGAAUAAUAUCAACUCGUCAUAUAGUAUAAUUUUUUAAUCAUCAUGACUGUAUACAGGAACAUUAACAUUAAAAAUAUUAAUUCCAAACGACCUUAACAAUUAUUGACCUCUGAACGUGCUAUCAGUCUAAAAACCACACACAUUACAUUGGCCAAGCGACAAGACCAUUCAUGCUUUGAUACAUGUGUAUCACGUCAUGAAUAGCGUUUCUUUCGGCCUGAUCUGCAUCUGAAGACGAAUCAACUUGAAUUUGCGACAAUGAUGACUUACAAGGGUCUGACGCGAUACGUAAUAUGCCCAUAGGCGCAACGACACGCAACUAUUGUACACGCCAAUUAUUCCAGUAUUUAUUUAGUCAUGGAGGGCAUUAAAAGGGUUUUGAAAAUCGCCUUUUUACUUUGCUUGGCGCUCGCGAGUAAUCUCAAAAUGUGCGCCUGCGAAAGCAACGACACAGCCGUCGCGAAUAAAACUGAGACGAUUACACAUCCAAGGAUUGUGAUAGUUGGUGCCGGGCCUUCGGGAAUUGCGGCAGCAGCCAAGCUACUUGAAAAUGGCUUCAAAAACGUGACGAUUCUGGAGGCCGAGGAUAGGAUCGGUGGACGUGUGUACACGUCUAAGAUAGGCGAUAACUCUGUUGAUCUCGGUGGUCAAUGGGUGCAUGGCACAGAAGGAAACAUAGUCUACAAAUUGGCUAAUCCUCUCGGUGUACUCGAUGUUUCGGACAAGCCGAAUUUCGGCCUCGAGCAGGAGUAUCUCGAUUCCCUUGGAAAUCACUUGGACGAGGCAGUGACGAAAAACGUUAGUGACUUUUUCUUCAAGUACGCGGGAAAUUGGGGUGUCGAUACCAACAUGACUACGGACUCACUUGGCGAACACAUAGAAAAAGUGUUCGAUAAGCACUUCAAAAACAAUCCAGAAAUAUUCAAUGACAGAAGGAAGUUUUUGCAUCACUUGGAACUGUUUACCAUAAGCUUGGAAUCCGCCGAAAACUGGACAGACAUAUCCGGAGCCCCACAUGACCAAUACAGAGAAUGUCCAGGUGAUAAUAUGAUCAACUGGAAGGAACGAGGAUACUCGACCAUUCUUGACAUUCUGAUGAAACGUUUUCCGGACCCGGCGAUGGAGAUUCCAGUUUUAAGCAAUACGAUUUUGGAGAGCGACGUGGUGUGUAUCGAUUACUUGAAAAACGAAGAAGGACCACCAGUUCUAGUUACCACGACUAAAGGACAACUGUACAAGGCUGAUCACGUUAUAGUAACCGUACCCUUGGGUGUUUUAAAGGCGAAACACGAAUCUCUUUUCAUUCCACCUCUGCCAGAUUACAAGAUUGAAACUAUAAAAAGCCUUGGUUUUGGCAGCGUUGCGAAAAUUUACCUGAUGUUUGAAAAACCAUUUUGGAAUCUUGGUGACAGAAGAGUUUUGCAUUUCACUUUCAUAUGGAAUGACGCUGAAAGAACUGCGCUGCAAAAUGAAACAGAAAAAACAUGGCUAUUGGGUAUAAGUGGCGCUAGGACUGUAGAGCAUAAGCCAAAUCUGCUAGAAGUUUGGGUUGCCGGAAAGUAUGCGAAGGAUAUGGAACUUCUCUUAGACGAAGCAAUUUUGAAUCACACGAUGGAAAAUCUUCACCGCUUUUUAGAUAAACAUUAUACUGUUUCUGAGCCACUGUCAAUGCUGAGGACUCGUUGGUACACAAACCCCCAUUUCAGAGGUACUUACAGCUACAGAAGCGUUGAAACUGAAAAAAAGAAAGUUUUUCCGGAAAUGUUGGAAAGGCCACUGGAAAACGGGACGAUCUUGUUCGCUGGCGAAGCAACACACAAAGAUAGAUUUUCGACAGUGGAUGGAGCUAUUGCUUCCGGAUGGAAAGCAGCUGAUAGACUAAUAAAUCAGUAUGAAACGUUGCUGCCAGUCAAUGGAUAAUCAUCGUGAGAAUUGUUGACAAAGACAGCAACGAGAAGCGAACUCUAUAUUUGUAACUAAUUUUUUAUCUAUUUUUAGUUUUGUCAAGAAAAAUUUAAUAACUAUAUAUAAUAGAAAAAUAUGUGAUUUUUAUUAAUGAAAAAUAAGUUUUCGAAUUUUUUUAACACUAUAAUUACGUAAUCAAGAAAAUAAAACUUUUAAAAUUCACUUUCUUUCAUUUCAUUGCUUGUUUUUAUGCAUUUUAAAGAGAUAUGUAAAAAUAAUCUAUAAUUUUUUUCAACAAUCAAAUUACUUCAUGUAGCUGAAUGACAACAAAAAUAUCUCUUUUAUCCUGUAAAAAUAUUAUGCAUAAUCUUACCGCCAUACUGAGUAAAAAUUGAAAUUCGGGAAUAAUGACAAGGUUAAAUAAAUUACCACCAAACAAAUCAA